AGACUGGAGUUCAGAGGCUGAAAAACAAAAGAAAAGAAGAGAAAAUCCUGAGCAGCACCAGCAAAAUCACAGCUAAGCUAUCUUUUGAACCAUUCUGCAGUCCGACUAUGGCGAUUCCGAGGCAAUCAAUAGCUAUGCUCGUAGCCCUCUUCAGCCUAGUUUCAAUCGGAGAUUCGAGUAGCGACACCAACCAUGUGUUCUCGCCGUGCUCCGACGCUUCUAUACAGAGGUCCGAUGGGUUCACCUUUGGGAUCGCGUUCGCUGCGAGAACUGCUUUCUUCUUCAACAGCUCUGUUCAGCUGUCUCCGUGCGACCGCCGCCUCUCCUUGUCUUCCGCCAACUCUCAGGUUGCGGUCUUCCGCCCUAAAGUCGACGAGAUCUCCCUCCUCACCAUCAACACUUCCAACUUCUUUCCGGAUUCUGUAGGGGGUUAUAUGGUAGCAUUUGCUGGUCGAAAAUAUGCUUCUCGCUCAAUUCCUGCUUUUGUUGCCAACAGUACAUACACUGUCACCAGUUUUACUCUGGUUCUUGAAUUUAAAAAGGGGAGGCUUCAAAACUUGUACUGGAAAAGAGACGGCUGCGCUUCAUGCUCGGGCAAAACAAACUUUGUCUGCCUUAACAAUCAAGACUGUGCCAUCAGAACUAACAACUGCAGAAACCGAGGGGGAACGGUGGAUUGUAGCCUUGGGAUACAACUAGCAUUUUCUGGGACAGAUAAGCAUGAGGCAGUUUUCAACUCAUGGUACGAGGUUAAGAACCUUCGUCAGUAUUCCCUCUACAACCUCUAUUCGAAUCUCCGGAGGUCUCUCACCAGUCAAUACAACAGCUUCUUCUGAUUAAGCUUCACGCAUCUGUAGAUUUUGUUGCUGUGUUCCGUGUUUAAGCUUGUCAAUCAAACUCCACCAUUUCUUUCUUUUUUCUUCUUUUAAUUCAAUUUCUCCCAAAUCUUGUCUGUAAAUUUAAAUUUGUUCACCAACUGGAGAGUGUGCCAUUUUUCAUCGGAAGUGAUUUUUAACCUUUUCAGUAA